AAUCACCUGCGUCCCAAGAACGGCCACCUCACCGUAGGAACGUUGACAUCCCUUCCAAGAGCUCUUUAACAUGAGCUUUUCAUCCACUUCACAAGCUUUGGAACUCGUCGAUCUACACAUACUCCUUCACCCAAAGUUCCCCUCAUCCCAGCCUCGACCUUCAUUGCCAUGGCAAUCCCAGGCCAAAAGAUCAUCAUUAUCGGCGGUGGAAUGUGCGGCCUCGCGUCCGCAAUAGCAAUCUCACAAGCCUUUUCCUCACACGAGGUGCAGCCUCAAAUCACCGUCUACGAACUUCGCGACGCACCCAGCACGUUCGGCGGCCCGGUAAAUCUCACACCCAAAGCACUCCGCUGCCUCGACAAGCUCGGCGUAUUCGAGGAAUUGAAACGCAUGCGGUUCGGCUGUGAAGUAGACGCGAUCCAAAUAUUCUCCAUGCGAACCGGCAGCGAAAUUGCUUCCAUUGACUAUGCGGGCGCAGACGGACGCGGAUUUGGCGGGUACAAGGGGUGGAGAGUGAUGCGAUUCGAUCUUUUAAAGGCCAUGCUGAGCGUGGCAGAACGGCUGGACACGGUCCAGAUUCGGUAUGGCAAGAAACUGACUCGGAUUGAAGAAAAGGUUGAUCAGGUUUGUGUCCACUUUGAGGAUGGAGGGGUUGAUAUUGGGGAUAUGGUACUGGGCUGUGAUGGGAUUCAUUCAGCGACGAGGAAUUUGUUUGUUGAGCCAGAUCGGAAACCGGUGUACUCUAGAUGGGCUGCUGCGUACGGGUUUGUUCAGGUGCAGGAGUUAUUCGGGGAAAGAGAGAAGCCGUUCUUUGAGGAUUCUGCGCUUGUGAUGUCGAGGUAUGGAUCUGCGUUGACGACGUUCUGUGAUGAUGCUCGGAGCUUGAUUUAUACCGUCCUUUUGAUGGAGAUGGAAGAGCAGGGGUCGAGGGAGGGGUGGAAGUCUAUUGGGAAAGAUCAGGAGAGGGUUCGUUUGGAGGGUGUGAGAAGGACGCAGAAUUCUCCUCUUCCGAAGAUGGCGCAGAUGAUCGAGAAGGUCGGGGACUGGACUCUUUAUCCGAUCUACGUUUUGCCUCCGAAUGGUCGGUGGCAUACGAAUCGUGUUUUGUUACUAGGUGAUGCUGCUCAUGCGAUGCCACCAAAAGGAGAGAGUAUCGGUCAUGCCUUUGAGGACGCAAUCAGGUUUUCGCUCAUACUCUCUCAUUACAAGAGCGAGUCACCUCUUAGAGCAUUUGAGUUUUAUGAGGGUUUUCAACGCAAGAAGACCGAAGAUUUGUACAAAGUCUCGUCGACUGGGUGGAAGUCUAAUGACGAUAUCGGAGCCAUUGGUGGCAUGCUCCUUGAAUGGUUCACACCACUGUAUCUAUGGUGGACCAAGGGAUUUUCGGAGAAAGAUUUGUGGACUGACCCGACCGAUAUUUCCUUUCCUAGUUAGGUAGAUGACUGCCCCUAUUAAGACGACUGUGCCGUAUCUCAGAUACCUUUAGUUUAAUGCGGAUCAUGGUGCUGAAAUAUUCCAAGGACUGGGCUACAUUCUUGUUUAUG